GAGCUGCAGCUGAGGUGCAAACACCGAUAUCUCUCUGUUCAUUUUUAUCCUGAAUAUCACCAUGGCCAACAAAACGACUCCGCUUCUCUUCAGGGCGCUAGUGGAGGUGUCUGAAGCCCAGUCUUUAAAGCUUUUGGGAGGAAACCUUAAAAGAGCAAAUGUCAGACAUUUGAGCUCCUGCGGGGCCCUGGCAAUGAGGAGGGCCAGCCUGCCUGUCUUCCCCACCACGCCUGUCAGCACACCCAGCCGCAGCUUCAUCAACCUGGCUGCUCAGAUCAGCAACCGCAGAAUGGAGUACACUGAGUGCCGGACAUUACGGUAUACUCCAGAGCAGAUGUACAAUGUGGUGGCCAGUGUGGACCAGUACCACCACUUUGUUCCCUGGUGCAAGAAGUCUCAGGUCAAGAAGGGACGUAACGGUGACAUUCAGGCAGAGCUCGUGAUAGGAUUUCCCCCCAUUGUGGAGCGCUACACCUCUGAAGUUACUGUAAUCCCAAACCACAAAGUCAGGGCCUUGUGCACUGAUGGAUCCCUCUUCAACUAUCUUGAAACAACAUGGAGGUUUUCCCCUGGACACAAAGACCUACCAGACUCAUGUAAAGUGGAUUUCUAUGUGUCAUUUGAGUUCAAGUCUCUUCUGCACUCUCAGCUGGCCACCCUAUUCUUUGACGAAGUGAUUAAGCAAAUGGUCAGUGCCUUCGAGUCACGGGCAGCGACACUUUACAGGAACCAGCAGGAGGCAUCGCUGAGGAGGCACUCAAGAUGAAGUCGACCCUUUUGACCUCCCAUUCAUCCACAUCCACUUGAACUGUCAACCAAACCCUGCCAGCCUGUUACCCUUACAUACUGUUAACACUUGUCCUACACAGGAGACUGGAUCUUGUUUUUGCACUCACUCAUAUAUUUUGAGUUGAAAUGCACUUGGAAAAUACUUAAAACUAUAUUUAUAAUCCACAAACACAUUUAUUAACUCUCUUGUGUGUAUAUAAAUAUGUAUUUAUUUUGUAUAUACGGUAAAAUGCAUAGUUUCAAAUUACCAUGUUGAACCCAAAUGUCUUCUGUCAAAAUUAGUGGGAUAAUUUACAAGUGACUCCUGCUCAGAGCUGAAACAUCUGAAAUGGUUAAAAGCUUUUUCUUGUCUAGGAUUAUUAUGUCAGUGGAAUUAAAAAGCUCUUGUAUUUUUUAAA